AUGAACGAUGGCCGUCAAAUGACUGGCCAAAUGCUUGCAUUCGACAAACACAUGAACCUCGUACUCGCCGACACCGAAGAAUUCCGCAAGGUCAAACGCAAGCAGACCAAAUCUUCUGCGCCAGCAGCCCCAGGCUCUGCAGCUGCAGCUACCUCCGUCGAGACCGAAGAGAAAAGAACCUUGGGCCUUGUGAUUCUGAGGGGAACGAAUAUUGUGAGCUGUUCGGUUGAAGGGCCUCCCCCAUCCGAUCCGAGCGCCAGGUUAGGACAAUCUAUUCCAGGAGGGGCACCUACAACUCUACAGGCUGGUACAGGUAUCUCCAGACCAGCUGGCAGAGGUCUUCCCGUCGGCCUAGGCGGUCCUGUUGCAGGCGUUGGUAUGGGUGGACCGCCUCCCCUGGGAGGGCCACCAGGAGGUUUCGGAUUCCCACCCCAACCGCCAGGAGGAUUCCCAGGCGGAGCGCCACCACCUGGGUUCGCUGGGGCUGGAAGAGGAGGGCCACCUGGACCACCUGGAGGGCCACCCCCGGGUUUUGGAGGACCACCUCCUGGAUUUGGAGGGCCACCUGGAGGACCCCCAGCAGGUAUGCCCCCAGGAUUUCAAGGCGGACCACCGGGCCAGGGACGAGGUUUCCCACCUCCUGGGUUUGGAGGGAGGUAA